UCAAAGAAGAGUGAAUCGUAUGUAUAACGAUUGAAAAAAAGGGUAAAAAAAUAAAAAGAGAUUCACCUUGAAAUAAAGUGUAUUCGUGAUAUAAAUUAUUUUUUUGACAUAUGCGUGAGCGCGAAUAUAAAUAACUAUUUUACUCGCAAAUGCUUGCAAAUUUCAUGGACCACAGAGAUGAAAAUGUUUUUCUCCAGCACCCGCAUUCACUUAUCAAUCUUGACAUAUUUAUUUCUCGUCACCAACUUUUUCAGUUUCUCAUCAACAGAAGGCAUGGGUAUGUUAUCAAAAAAUCUUGUUGACCAGCUAACCACUUUAAUGAAAGAGAACACUCAUUACGACAAAGUCGAGGAAAAAUUUAAAGAACUCUAUCAAAAUGGUGAACUUAUUUUAAAAAAGUUGAACGUUUCUGAUGUCAACGAAGAGUUUAACAGCGAUGUUCACAACAUAUUCUCGGUGUACAUGAACGCUGUGAAAAACAUAAAAGCUAAAGCCCACGAACUGUAUAAGAAUUACACUUAUGAUGAACAUAUUAAACCAUUCAACUACUACAAUACCAAAAAUAAAAAUCCUGUCAAAUUAGAACCUUCGUUCCACCACCAGAUUCCAAUCGAUAAGAACAGGAGCUUUGUUGUGGUUCCCAGUGAUACUUACGAAUACCACAAAGUUGUCUUAAACGAAGCUGCACUAACACAAGGUCUAGAUGAAGUUUUCAAAGCGAACGUAGAAAAUGCUCCUUGUAUAAAAGGUCAACUAUUUGGUGCGGAGAAAGGCAUAAUGAGAUUGUAUCCAGGGCGAAACAGUAAUAAGACGAACGACCAAUACGAUUUCCGACGAAGGUCUUGGUAUUCUGACUCGAUAACAUCAGCUAAAGACAUCAUCAUAUUGUUGGAUAACAGUGGCUCAAUGAUAGGCGAGAAGAUGCAAAUUGCAAAAUACACACUCAAAUCUCUUUUGGACACAUUUCACCAUAACGAUUUCUUUAAUAUCAUUUUCUUCAACGACAAUCUUAAAAAUGCUUCAUGUUCGCAACGUUUGAUACAAGCCUUGUCAAGAAACAAGGAAAUGGUCAGAGAAAUUAUUGAUACACUGGAACCUCCAAAAGAAAACGGUGAAGUCUUCCAAGCAUUUCGAAAGGCCUUUGAAUCUCUUGCUAAUAUCGAUACCCAGACUAUAUCAGUCUGCGAAAAGGCUAUUAUGAUUGUUACAGAUUCAAAAGGUUAUAGCAGUGAAUUACUCGACUUACUAGAAGAACUGAACCAUAAACGAGAAGUUCGAAUAUUCACUUACAAAGUUGGAACUGGACAGGAAAGAAAACUAAUGAAAUCAAUUGCUUGUCGGCACCAUGGUAAAUUCUACGAGUUUCUUACCCUAAGUGAUGUUUUAACUGGUUCCCUCCUCUAUCAACACGAGUUGGCCCAUCGAGGCGACAACCGUAUCAUCUUCACACCUGCAUAUUUAGAUGCGUUUGACUUAGGAAUGGUGAUGACUCUUGGUGCACCCUUAUAUAGAAAUAGUUCCUCGCAUCAUGACAAUUUAUUGGGUGUUGCGGCCGUUGAUGUAGAAACGUCAGCUUUCGAAAGAGAAUAUCCCUUAAGAAAGCUCGGUGCAUUUGGCCAUGCAUUUGCUAUAAAUAACAACGGACUGAUACUUUUUCAUCCGAAGUUCCUAAAACAGCAGGGCUACUUACCGGAUGACGCUACGUUAUAUUUACAUGAAUUGGAGUAUACUAUUAAUAAGACGAAGCGGUUUCUGCUGGAAGAAUAUAUGGUUAAUCGAGUCACUAAGUGCUUUGAAGCAGAGCUUGAUUGGCUGUAUGAUAACAAUCAACGCGUUGUACGUUACAACGCCACGUACUGUUUCAAACCGCUUCAAAACACACCAUUCAUUACCGGUGUAUGUAUACCAGCAUCGAGUCAAUAUUAUGUGACUCGAUCUUCAAAAUAUUCUGACAGGAAAAUCAAUUUAGAUAUGUUAGAUUUGUCUAACGAAAGGGAAGAAGUUGAAAUAGCCAACUGGUUGUUCUGUCAAAAAAAACAGUUGAAUGCAAAGUAUCCAAAUUUAACAACGAUUAUUAGUGAUAUUCAAAACUUAAAUGGGACACUUCCCUCAACCUGCAACAACGACCUCCUAUCAGAUAUGUUGUUAACAGCUGAAACUAUAAUUCCUAUUGCAAGAAAGCAUUGGAAGCUAGCAAAUUUCACAAAUAAGUUCAACACAUCUUUUUUAUAUUUUCUGUCAUCGACGGGUCUAAUGUAUACAUUUAGUAAUAACAAAUAUGACGGUAGACGACCCUCGAGAGACUAUAUAACGGAACAUUUCUAUACAAAUCCGGCCAGUGUAAACAAAGGUUUAGUGAUUUAUGCUGACACAGAAAUGAAGAAGUCUUCACCUCAUAAAAAUUUAAGUACAAUUAUUAUAAGUAAAGCGUUAUAUAUCGGGAAUCCAUCUGUACUCUUGGGCGUAAUCGGAAUGGCUUUACCAUCACGAUAUUUAUUAAUUCUGGUAAACUCUCUAUUGCACAAUUCCUUCAACCACACACAGUAUGAUUGCCUACAUGGUGUAGAUACGUACUGCUAUUUUCUUGAUACGCAUGCAUACAUUAUAGCAAGUACCCAUGGGGACGUAGGAAGUUUUUUUGGUCUCAAAAAUGGCGGAAUCAUGAGAAGCUUGAUAAAAGAAAAUGUAUACGAACCAUUUGAAUACAAUGACACGCAAAGUCAAUGCGUUCGCAAAGCGCGAUUAAAAAGCACGUCAAGUUCUUACCGACUGACGUGCGUCUACAGUUCCAUUGUGACGUACGUCAAUUUUCUUUUAGUGCAACUUGUGUCUCUUUUUUCGUACAUCAAUGCUGGAAAAACAAGAGAACGAAAUCGAAAUAUACCAUCGCAGACAAUGACAAAUAGCGUGGAGAAGAUUUAUACUUGCAGUAAGUUAAAUACGCUUUACCGACAAAAACAGAAAUAUGCUGAUUAUACAAAGACAAUGCCAUGUUCCAAACAAUGCGAUCAAACAUACACCGUAAAAACAAUUGAAGACACCAACCUUUUAGUAAUUCUUACAAAGAACAACUGCAAUAACUCAUGCUUGUCCAUUCAUCCUUUAAGACUUCAGCCAAAUGAGUGGCCUCACAAAAACAAUUGUUUUGAACACGUUCAGUACAGAAAACCAGACGGUACGUGUAGCCAUGGUAAUGAGACUCAUAAAACCAGAUGUUCAUCACGUGAGAAGAUGAAGAAUACCAAAUUAGACAUUUAUUUAACAAUAUUUCUAACUUCUUUGGGACUGGGUAUUAUAGCGCUGCCUAUUUAUUGCAAAGAUUACAGAUAAUAAUAUUUAUUUUCCAAAUUUUCAUGUUCUUUUUUU